AGUGCUGUACGGACAACAGAAAACUCGCGCGGGACACACCUAGCGCUGCCUGUUUUUGGGUCCACAAAAUUGUUGCAAACACCUAAAAAGCCUGAAAAUUAAGAGUUAAGAAUCAACAAAUUGUAGCUGACAAUGAAUGAUGAAAAGUUUUGAGCGGUUGUCGGCUCGGCAGUGCGUUUUAUAAGCGCUCCAAAAAGCAGUACGUUGAUCGGUUCACUCAACCAAAGUUUCGAAAUCAGAAUCGUUUGCAACAACAAUCAGCAGUACUGUGCCGAUGCUCUCCACGAAGGCAUUGUGACAAAGGCGUCUUACUAAUGCAAAAAAACAUCGACAUAAAUUUUCGAUCUUUAUAGAUUUCCAUAACUCACUUUCAUUUUCACCCACAAGUCUGUUUUCAGAUAAAUUUAUAUGGGAGAGACGAAUGACUCUGGCAUUGAUACAUGAAUACAAACGAUUUGAACCAAGUUUCAAAGAUCCCAGUGUAAAAAAGAAGCUUGUAUGGAAGAAUAUUGCAGCCUGUCUUCAUGCUCAGGGUUACUCCAAUGUCACUGAUGAUGCAUGUGACAAAAAGUGGAGAAAUUUAAAAAAAACUUUUAAAGACAUUUACACUGGCCAGCGCCGUAAGAAUAAUGGGAAAUGGGCUUAUUACGAUGUAUUGGAGGAAGUGUUUGGGAAAGAUCCAAAGAUCAUAAAUGCUGUGGUCAGUGAACACAAUACAAGUGAUAUUUUACCUGCUUUAUCGAAACAUCCAGUCAUCCACAAAUACAAGACACCAGAUGGGCAAAAUGUUCAUGUUGAAGUUGUCGAUGUGGGGGAGACAUCCCACAUUCUGGAUGGGCAGAAAACAUGUGGACUAACAAAUGUACUAGAGUACACAGAUGAUGAGGAGAGUCCAGUAGAGACAACUUAUGAAGAAUACAAUGAAGGUGAUACUGUAGAAUCUGGUAUCGAUCAAAUCCACGAACCACCGCCCUGGUUUGCUCAAUUUUUAAAUGAAUACAGAGACAAUGAGGAAAGACGGUUGGAGAUGCUGCAAAAUAUGCAUGAUGAUAUACUUGCUUUAGAAAAUAGAAAAGUUUUCCUUUUGGAGCAACUUCUCAACAAGUUUGACUCAUCCACUAAAACGAUUUCGCCUGUCAGUCCCACAUAUAUUCCUAGUUCUGGUACUACAUUUAAGGGAUGAAUGUAUAAUACUAUAUGUAUGAUUUUCAGUGGCAUUUUGAACAUGAUGCAUGUUAGGGAAAUAACAUCAAACAUAAUUGUGAGCCCAGGUAUGGAGUUCCUUCCCCAUAAAUAAAAUAAAUUUUAAAUCUUCAA